GAUAGAAAAAAGUGUCUUUUUUAUGUGUGUUGUACAGGUGGAUCAGGUGCGCGCGCGCAGCGCAGCGGUCUACGCCACUCUGACGGGCGGCGCACGGUCAAGCAGGUGCCGCCUUUGGAGGGGAGCACCUUACUAUACACCUUACAAACUUACGUUUACAAUUUAGAGCAUCUUAUGCUCCCAAGAAUAGAGUUCAUUUUUCCUUGCCAGGGUCCAGUUAUUGCUUGUAGGGCUCUACUCCUCUCCUUUUUAUCGAACAAAAAAUGAACUGUAAACGCGAUCACGGCCGCGGCUAAGGUCAAUGUUAGCGCUUCCUUCAGUGCACGUUCAGAGAAGAGCGCGUGCGCAUCCUACCGCGCAUGCGCCGUACACUACCCGCCCAGAGCCGUAAUGUAAUAUUGUACCGAAUUACCGGACUUACAGCUCUAGAGAUUCUUGUUUCUUCGUUACGUUCGCGCAUUUUUCGGGGACUUAGAACUUUUUUGAGUGAGUGUAUGAGACUCUCGCGCAGUGAUUAAUACACAACGACAUAUCACGGGGCGAUCGAUCACGCACAGCCGAUAUUUCGUUGGCGACAUCGCUGUCCGAUAAUCGAAUUGACGUCCCGACAUUUUUUUUCGUAUACUAAUUUAUUUAUCCUCAUUAAGUGUGAUGAACGAGGCCGGUCACAUUUUUGAAUUUGACUCAUUUAUGCUGUGAUUGUGGGUGGAACAUUUUUAGUAGAACUGUUGUGAAGAUGGAGACUUUGGUGUUGAUUCCUCAAGACUUGAGCCUGGCUUUGAGGCCAGGGGGUGCAAGGGGGCGCGAGGCCUCCGUCAGCGUGUGGACCUCGGCUGAACUGCCCCGAGGGUCAUUGUUAUACCCCUUCCAGGGUACAAUCAGGAUCGAUAAGCUGCAUGUGUACACAUACGUGCCAGACCAUGACAUCCGACACCGUUUCGGUUUGUUCGACGAAGUCUGCACGUCGGGUGGCGUGCAAGUCCGCCACUGCAACUGGGUUCGAUUCUUGCGAGUAUCAGAUAACUAUGGACCACAAGUAAACCUAGUCUGCACAAAGGUGAAAGGUGAACCAGUAUAUGAAGCAGUAAAGCCAGUGUCAGCGCACACAGAACUAGUGGUAUACUACCUCCCUGAAAGACCGGAGGAGAUGUUCUUUGUUAAAAUGAGGAACAACCUUUAUAGACAGACGAUGGACUCAAUAUUAGAAGAUUCUCCUCUUGACCUUUCCACUUCUCUUUUAUCAAGAGUCCUACUCCCUAUAUCUCCUCCUUCUGGUGCAGAGGAUGAACAUAAAUCUGUAUCAGGAGACUCCUUAACAUCAUCAUCUGCGGGCUCCUCAAACGAGCUCCUGGAUAUGACGCCAAAAAUCCAAAGAAGACCAGCGAAGUCAGAAAGGGCAUUGCUGCCAUGUGAAGUUUGUGGGAAAGCCUUUGAUCGACCAUCAUUGUUAAAACGUCAUAUGAGAACUCAUACAGGUGAAAAGCCUCACGUAUGUAUGGUCUGCAACAAAGGCUUCAGUACAUCAAGCAGUUUGAACACGCACAGAAGAAUCCAUUCAGGGGAGAAACCUCAUCAGUGCCAACACUGCGGGAAGAGGUUCACAGCCAGUUCCAACCUCUACUACCAUAGGAUGACGCAUAUAAAGGAGAAACCCCACAAGUGCAGUCUCUGUUCGAAGUCGUUCCCGACGCCCGGAGACCUCAAGUCCCAUAUGUACGUGCACAGCGGCUCCUGGCCGUACAAGUGCCACAUAUGCUCUCGAGGGUUCUCCAAGCACACCAAUCUGAAGAAUCAUCUGUUUCUGCAUACUGCUAAACAUCAAAGAAACAGCGCGAGGGAUGCCACUUGAAAAACUAAUAUUACAUCUAAGUAUACAUUAAAAAUUAAAAGGUAUUGUGUACCUUAUAAGUGUACACAUAAGACUUACUUUUAUAUAUCUUACAAAAUAUAAAAAGUGUGAUAUUAGAUUAAUUAGUAUAAGUGUUAAUUUACUGUUAAGUGGUAUUUAUGAUUUGCUUACUUGAAAAUAGUAAAUAAUGUGGGGUUGACAAGAAAAUACAUUUUGGGGUAUUUCUAUACUUAGAUUUUUUUAUUUAUAUAAUUUUAUUUUACUUGGUUUAUAUGGACUUUGAAUUUCGGGGUGGAUUAAGUUAAAAAAUCAAUAAGCAAAAUUAUUACAUUAAAUAUUUUCAUUUAGUAUGUAAGUUUUGUACAUAAAACAUGUUAUUGCCAUGUAAACAAUAGUUUACAUUCAAAAUUAUGUAUUUAUUGAUUAAUUUAAUUUAUAUUUUAAGUAUUCUUGAUAGAUAAAUAUCAGGACAUGUACUGAGUAAAUAAGUACGAAAACAAUUAUUAUCAUUAGGAUAUUAUAUUGUCACCAGUGAGGUAUGAAAACAAAAAAUCGAUUAAAGAAUCGAGAAGAAAUAAUCAAAUAUCGAAUAAGAAUUUGGUACGCUGCUAUGUCAGCUGACCUUUAUUUCCCAAUUCUAAUCGCGUUAUGCAAAAAUGCACCUUCUUGCCUACACAGUAGUCAAUUAAAUCGCUUCACACCUACAUAAGUUUAUGUAGAUUUAAAUAUAUGAUGUAAAUACAUAAGGAUUUAUAAUAUACUUACAUUGAGUACGUGUAUUGUGAUUUUAUAUUUCCGUCCAUUUUUUUGUACAUAUAUUUUUAAGGGUAGGU